AUGGCUUUCCCGACCAACGUGCUGGGAGUUCUCAUCGCCCUCGCCAGUGGCUUCACGCUCAUCUACUCGGUCGACUCCAUCUCGCGGCUGAAAAAGUACGACGACUUGGAGGAAAAGGCGAACAAGGCGGCGGAAUGGAGCCUCACGGCGGAAAAGAAGCUCCGGGACCUCCAGUUGACCCUCGCGACGGGCCUCGUUUGUUGCCUCCUCUCCGCCGUCAGCGGCCUCGCCUUCUCCUUCUCCGUGGCCCCCGGCCCGGGCUUCGUCGCCGUGGCGUGGCCCGUCCUGCUCGCCGCCGGCCUGGCGUACGGGCGGCAGUUCGUGCGCGGCUUCUGGGCGUCCAAGAUCAAGGUGCCGAAGAUGAAGCACUUCAACGAGGCCAUCUCGGACAUGAUGAUGGUGCAGAGCAUGAUGAAACCGCUGGCCGGCGCGUGGGGCCUCGUGGCCGUCUGCAAGCUUGUUGGGCUGUAG